GCCUGCUUCGACUUCUCUUCUUCUUCACAAGGAAGAAAGAAGACAGAGAGACAGAGAGAGAGAGAGAGAGAGAGGCCACACCACCAUCCCCAGCCCCAGCCGAGCCGAGGUCUUCCUCCGACGAGCGAAACCAAAGCCGCAUCAACCCCUCUCGCGAAUCGAUGGACGCGAGCGCGGCGGCGGCCGGAGGAGGAGACGGGACGCAGAGGACACUGAAUCCUUAUGUGACUGGUAAUUCGGUGAUUGCAAUGAAAUACAAGGAUGGUGUGAUCAUGGCAUGUGACACUGGAGCCUCCUAUGGGUCAACUUUGCGAUACAAGAGUGUGGAGCGUAUCAAGGAGGUUGGAAAGCAUAGCCUUAUUGGAGGGAGUGGGGAGUUCAGUGAUUUCCAGGAGAUUUUGCGGUAUCUGGAUGAAUUAACUUUGAAUGAUCAUAUGUGGGAUGAUGGCAACUCAUUGGGCCCCAAGGAAAUCCAUGCCUACCUCACAAGAGUAAUGUACAACAGGCGCAAUAAGUUUGACCCUCUAUGGAACUCCCUGGUGCUUGGUGGAGUGAAAAAGGGCCCAAAGGGCGAUGAGAAGUAUCUUGGCAUGGUUAACAUGAUUGGUACACACUUUGAGGAGAACCACAUUGCCACUGGAUUUGGGAACCAUAUGGCAAUCCCAAUUCUUCGUGGUGAAUGGCGCGAGGACAUGACUUUUGAAGAAGCUGUUAAGCUGAUUGAGAAGUGCUUGCUGGUCCUGCUGUACCGUGACCGGUCAUCCAUCAACAAAUUCCAGAUUGCCAAGAUCACGACCGAGGGAUCAACCAUCUACCCGCCGUAUGCCCUGAAGACCAACUGGGGGUUUGCUGCCUUUGAGAACCCAUCCAAGGGUGCUGUAGGAACAUGGUAAGGCCAUGAGCUAGGAAACGAAGCAAACUGUGCUGCUGAAAGUGUUUCAGCCCUUGCGAGCGUUUGAUCUGAAUACGACUUGACUCCACAUUUGCUCUGUAUGACAUGUUUAUAAUUUGACUUAAAGUCUUGUGAACGUUUAAGGUA